AUGUGGAAGCACACUUUUCGGGGCCGAGCACUAGUGUUCGCCGUGACGGCCUGUUCUUGCCAGGCGUUCCUGCUUCUUGGAUAUGACCAAGGUGUGAUGUCAGGCCUGGUUGGGGCUGACAACAGAUUUGGAAGGGAUUUUAACCACCCCGACGCGGACAUGCAGGGGGAUAUCGUGGCUCUAUAUGAUAUCGGCUGCAUUGUAGGGUCCAUUCUUGUCUUCUUUAUCGGUGAAAAAUUCGGCCGUCGUUGGAUGUUGAUGGCUGGUGGCUCUAUCAUGGUCAUUGGUUCGAUCAUCUUGGCAACCUCUACGACUAUCGCUCAGCUCAUUGUUGGGCGAAUUGUAACUGGCAUCAUCAUCGCAGGGAAACGGAAUAAACAGUUCGACAGCACCAGUAUACCAAGCAGAGUGUGCUCCGGCAGACAUCCGAGGAACGCUUCUUACCCUUCAGGGUACAGUCACUAUACUGGGCUUAUGCAUAGCCUGGCUGAUAUCUCAAAGUCGAUUCAAGAAGACCUUCAAGGCGAAAAGGUCACUUGGCGUGACUUUUUCAGCCACGGGAAGCUGCAAAACUGGCGACGGAUGCUGCUCAUUGUCUUCAUUGAGAUCAUGCAGCAAUUUACAGGGUCAAAUAUGAUCAACUACUAUGCGCCAACGGUAUACGAGUCUGCGCUCCACAUGUCACGGAAUAUGUCCAUGAUCUUGUCCGGGUGCACUUCGCUGGCCUACCUCGUGGGCGCAACACUCCCUCUAUUCGUCAUGGAUCGCUUUGGCCGCCGACCACUACUCAUGGUUUCUGGUGCUGGGUUGACCCUAUGCUUUGUUAUGGUCGCGAUUUUACUGUCAUUCGGUCGCGUCCAAACGGCGUAUGGUGCCACAGCUUUCAUUUUCCUAUUUCAAAUAUUCUAUGGCCUAGGCUGGCUCCCGGUGCCUUGGUUUUACCCGUCAGAGAUUAGUACAACCCAUCUACGCAGCAAGAGUGCUGCAAUCAGCUCGGCUGUGAACUGGGCAUCCGUCUUCGUCAUUGUGAAGAUCACUCCAAUUGCGAUUGCAAACAUCAACUGGCGUGUUUUUAUCGUUUUUGCUGUCCUCAAUUUCCUUUGGGUCCCCAUAAUCUACUUUUUCUACCCCGAGACCAAGGGCUUGGAGCUGGAAGACGUCAACCUUCUCUUCGCCAAGGGAGGCUUCACAGGUGGAGUGUUCUCAUCCCGAGGGCGCCCUGUGGUUCCUCAUCAACAUGCUCAGGAGGCCGGAAUCGAGGAGAAGCAACAGACGGGAAUGAUCGAGGAUAUCAGGGGUUCUUAA